AUGAUCUUCAUUAAUACUCGACCUGUUGAUGAGAAUGCUACCAAUGAACGGAGAGCUAGUAAGACUGUUUCUCACAGCUCCAAUCAUAACAUGAUGGAUCAACGGAAAGUUAACAUGACGAGGCUAGUCUUAUGCUUGUUGCUGUUUUACCUCUUCGUUAGUAUCUUCCCCGUCUUUCUUUUCUAUCCCAUUUCCCUUGUGUCUCUAUUUGUACCGACGUUCCUUCUUUUCUUCGCCCUGUGCAAGUUUCGAACUGAGAACCGUUCGGAUCAAUGGCCCUGUAUCAUGGUUGCGUUCAUCGGGAUCAUGCUUAAAAUAGCAGCAAUCAUAGUCUUCCUAAUGAUCUUCCCAUCAACCGACAAAAAACACAUGAGUGCAGUCCCAAUGAACCGACAAGUGAAAGAAGAAGAAACAAUGAAACAAUACAGAACUGCUUUCUUCGUUGUCGUUUUAUGCAUUGAAAUUUUUAUACUGCUGAUAGGAGGAUGCCUUAAAUGGCAUUUGGUUGCUUUCGAAAAAAUGGAGCACGACGCUAAGCAAAGAAGACACACUCUCACGUCCAAUAGACCAUUAAUAUCCGAACAAACAAGCCGACGUCAGAGUCAUAGCUGA